AUGUCAUUCCACCUGUGUGCUGGGACUGGACCUGGUCUCCUCCUGCGUCUUUUUCUCGUGUUUGCUACAGUCUCUGUUGUGGUUGAUGGGAUGAAUUUAUGGCCGAUGCCAAAGUCUGUAAACUAUGGAUCACAGACUCUGUAUUUGAGCAAGGACUUCAAGCUACGCACGGAGGGAAGUAACUAUGCAGAUGGCCUGGGGAUUUUGCAAGAUGGCUUCUCGAGGAUGGUCGAUAUAGUUGUUGCUUCCCGUGCUAUCGGUCCCAAUGUGACCAAUUCUCAUGUGUUGGCGGGGAUUGCUGUGGAGAUCUCGUCAUCAGAUGACUCGGUAAUUCUGUUUCUCUGGAACUCUAGAAAUAUCUCGAUGUCCUUAAAGUCGAUGUGCUAUUUAAUCACAGAAGAGUCUUAAUCUCAAUAUAAAGAGAGUCGAUGUGCCUUUUUCCCUUCGCCAUUAAAAAAAUUUGAGGAAAAUAUCUCCGUGCUAUUUAAUGCAAUGUUUAAUAUUUGAUCCUAUUAAUUAAUUUUUUUAUAAAAAAAAACUACAUGAUUUGAAUAUAAAAUGGCGACCAAAGGCUUCUUUUGAUUAUGUGGAUAAAUCAGAAAAUGGCAAUGUUUUUUGCAUUUUCCAAUGAUUAGUAGUUUCUGUUGUAAUAUGUAUGUAUUCUCCUUUUAUAAUAUUCUUAGAUAAUUCCCAGGUUUAAUCACGAUUUAUUGAAGGGUCUGAGUUUUUUGUGCAGUUGAAUUUUGGCAUUGACGAAUCCUAUAAGCUAUUCAUUCCUUCAACAGGAUAUCCACUUUUUGGGCGUAUUGAGGUUGGUACUUAACGACUGAAGAUUAUUCAGUACGACAGAGUUUUGGUUUGUAUGGUAGUUUGGCGAGAUCUCUGUUUCUACGGAGAUCACCUUUGAGUUUGAUUUUUCUAUCAUUAGUUGAUGGAUGCUAAGGGAAAGAGGCAAUAUUGCAAAAAAAAAUCCAUCGUAAUGACUGAAUACUAUGACAAGUUAAUGGUGGCUAUUUUGGUCAUUACAUACGUUCUACAGUCACGUUUGAAGUUAAUAACUUUUCUUUUUCUUAUCUCUAUAAUGGAACAAAAAAUGCAGGCAAAAACCGUGUAUGGGGCCCUCCAUGGUUUCCAGGUAAUGACCAAUUGGCCAUGCGCGUGGAUUAACAUUACUUUUUAUACAAAAGUCCAUCAAAAAUUUAAUAUUAUCGUUUUUCAUCUGUCAGACAUUUAGUCAACUAUGCCAUUUUAAUUUUACAACUAGAAAUAUUGAGCUCCAUCUUGCUCCAUGGAUUAUCGAUGAUCAGCCAAGGUUCCUCUAUCGAGGUCUCCUAAUUGGUGAGAUAACUUCUCUGUUAUUCUGCUGUGAAUUAAAUGCCUUAUAGCUUGUGUGUUCUCUUAAGGCUUAAAAAAUUGUUCCUCCUAGUCUCAGACAGUGUUCGCCGAAUUGACAAUCAUUUUGGCCUUGUAUUUUUCAUUUAUUUACUUUUCUAAAAUAUAUUAUUCUGGAUGAGCUUUUUUGAAAUUUGUAUUGGGAACCCAGUACCAUUUAGGAAUUGUUUACAACUUAUAUCCACAUUUUGAUGAUUAAAAAAAUGCUCAAUAUGUUUAUUUUUUAAUGUGGCUAGUAGUUGGUAAUUUUUUUAAGUUUAUGAUGGUAUAAAACUGUAUGAUACUAUCACGGUGAUUAGAUCACUUCAGUUCCCAUGUGUUAGCAUUUUUCCUUUUGAGAGUAGAUCAGGCAUGUUUAAAUCGCCUUGAAAAUAGACGCUGGAACCACAUGCCAUUCAGAUAACUCAAUCCCUGGAACCAUUAUCCAAAUAAAAAUCUAUGUAAAAAGACUCUCUUUGUGGACUAGAGACUCCUUUUGCACCAAAGUGUUGAUACUCUGGUCGUGAGGACAAAGAAGCAACACGCUGAUAUGGAUGAGAUCAUGAACAUUGAUUUACAGUCGUCGGUGUAUAAUCAUUUGUUUAUGACCAACAAGAUUUGCAUUGUCCAUCUGUAGAGAUGCUCAGUUUCUUCUUGUCGGUAGUCAGCCUUGAAGGUUGUAGAAAUGACAUGGAAAUCUUCGACACUUGGUCACAAUAUCGCGAAGUCUGAAGAUUAAAUGAUCAAACAUUCUUAUUUACCAAAAAACUGUUCUCUGUAUUAUAAUAACCUCGAUUUAAUGACGUGAAACAAUUUUUUGUGUUCUUCUGGACGUAAAAACCUCAAUUUAUUUUAAUGAGUUACAAUUAAAAUCUCGUUUCGUGCAGAUACUGCGAGGCAUUAUCAAACACUGACUGUAAUGAAGAAUGUUAUUGAUGCUAUGGCCUACACGAAAUUGGUAAACUGCUAUUUCAUCUCUUCGGUUUAUAUUGCAUUUUAUUUUACUUCUGACCUGGACAGUGAAUCUUUUGGUUAUCAUAGUGCAUCCUUCACUCUUAGAUUAGUCGUAUAGUAAACUGAAUUAUGAAGUAAAUUAUGAUGAUGUUCUCCAUUGUAGUUCCUUUUCUUGUUAAUUUAUGAUUAUUUUAAUAAUUUUGACCUUUUCUUGUUGAUAAGAAGUUUCAUUUAACAAUAUCUCUUUAAAAUAUUCUAAUUAUUUUGAAUUCCUAUGCAGAAUGUUCUUCAUUGGCAUAUUGUAGAUACACAAUCAUUCCCCUUAGAAAUACCCUCUUAUCCAAAACUGUGGAAUGGUGCUUACUCUUACUCAGAGAGAUACACAAUGGCUGAGGCAGCUGAAAUUGUACUGUAAGCUUCACUUUACCCAGGAAUUUACUUUUGGUUGAAUUUACUCUCACAUACACCCCCUUGAUGAUAUGUGAAACUUGCCUUUGAUUGGAUCAUUAUAUUUUCUAUUUUUUUAAGUUUUUUAAUAUAACGUUCGAUCAACGUACAUAAACAUGAUCUACAUUGAUUAUGGGACUAAAGAAUAGAUUAUAUGUUGAAACGAUAUAUUAUAUCUCGUCAAUAAUGCCAUGAUAUGCAUGUAUUGACCAUUCUUUGUUUAUGCCAUUCUAAGAAAGUGAACAUGGAUUUUGCAGUUAUGCUCAGAAACGGGGUAUCAAUGUUUUGGCUGAGAUUGAUGUACCAGGUCAUGCGUUCUCGUGGUAAUUUGGUGGAUGUUUUUUUUUUCUAAAGUUGAUUUAUAGGAAUCAGUAACUUCUGGAAACUAUUAUUAAGUUACUAAGUUCAUCAGACUGGUUAUUAGUCGGCUAAUGUAAUAAUAUACAGUUUUUGGCUUAUUUAUGACGUAGAUUUCAUAAAAUCGUGUACAAAAUCAUUUUUUUCAUUAUGCUUGGAAGUUUACAGAUUAAAUGUUUCCUUAAUAUGAUCUUCCUUUCCUUUCCUCCAUCCAUCGUGCCUCACGAAAGUUUGGCCAUUAAGUAGCUUUAGGUGUUGUUGGAAUCCACUUGCCAAAACCAGUGACAGGAAAGCAUAACUUUUUGUUAGAAUCAUAAUCUCAGCCGACAUCUUAGCCUGUGGGUAGCUGUUUAACUAGGAUUAACUUGAUGUCGGAUGAUCAAGUUGCGCAUAUCUUUUUUGGAGAGAAGAUUUGGUGUCAUGUUCAAAAGUUUCAACCAUUGAGUCCGUGGUAUCCUGCCUUGAACUUCUUAUUUAGAUCAGAUCAGCGACUUCUGACUAAGGCUUGAUAUCCUACGGAUACUUGGACUCAAACAGUCUAUUGUGGGUCAGAAUUGAGGAAGAGGAAACGGAGAAAAAGAAGCAGGUAAACGGGGAAGAGGAAGAGUUGAGGAGAAGGGGAAGAUAAGAUUAGAAGAAGGUAGAAGUGGAAAAGAUAGUCACCUCUUCCACCAGCCGCUACCCUAGUGACCACUGACGACUGCUGAACAACCUCUCGUCCCUUUUUGUUUUCCCUUGACUUUUAUCAUUCAUAUAUUGAAAAUAAAGGACAAAUCACGGAGGGGAGGGCAGAAUGGAAGUGGUGGAAGUGGUUUUUUGUUAUGAAAUUCAUUUAUCAUAUUAUAAAAAUAUUUGCAACAUACUAAAAAUACCGAAUUUAUUGUUCAUUUUUAGAUCAUCCCAUCUGAUUUAUAUUGGCAUUUGCCUGGGAGACCUUGGUAUGUGCUUGAACCAAGUUUGAAUUGAUUGGCUGCCUUGUCAUCAUAUCUAAGUGAAGAUUCAGAGAUCUAGCAGUCCAAAAUCUCAAUCCUUUACCUUGACUUGCCGUCAAAAUAAUUAUUUCUGUGUAAAUCCCAUGUCCAGAAAAGUAUUCAGAUAUUCGUGUAUCAAUUCAACAAGAAAUGAAUCACAUCAUUUUAUGGGUUACCGCAUGGUUUUUGAAAAUUAGUUAGAAAAAUGAAAAUUGUGCAUUUUCUUCCUUUUAAUUUCCUCAAAUAGAUUUAAAAUUAUAUUUUCAGGGGUACCGGGUAUCCUUCUCUGUGGCCAUCGUCAGAUUGUCAGCAGCCGCUCGAUGUCAGUAAUGAAUUUACAUUCAAAGUAAUAGAUGGAAUUCUUUCAGGUGAUGCUGGUGUUACUCUUUUGUUCUUCUUCAUACGUUGUGAAAUGAACGCGCUGAGCCACUUAUUCAAAUGGUUUACCCACAAACCUUGCGAAAAAUAAAAAAAUUGGUCUCAUGGAAGGCCAUUGUCUUGCACAAGUCGUCGACGGGACGAAAAAAUAAUCAAUCUUUCACCAGCAUCAAAAUUUUCCUUCUUUUCUUUUAGUAGUAGGUUUUUCAUCAGCGUUCUCUUUAGAACUUGAGAGUACAACCCGCCCGAUUAAACUCUGUUACACCGGAACAGUGUGUACUGUUGUUCUUGUUGUUAUUCGUCAAUCAGUUUAUUUUCUUGGCUACUGAAUGCAAAGUUGCAUCUGUAACGUUCCUUGUCUUUCAGAUUUUAGCAAGGUCUUCAAGUUCAAAUUUGUUCACUUGGGAGGUGACGAGGUUGACACAAGUAAGUCUGGGCCGCAUAACCCAUCAUCUUUAUUUAUUUAUGAGUGCUUUGCCAUUUCUCUUUAUGAUGCAAUCUCACUAGAAAAUUCAUCAUGCAGAUGAAAAAUAUUUCUAUGGUUCAAUAAAAUAAACAUAAAAAACAUCUAAAUAUAGUUGCGUUCUUUCUCAGGAUGCUGGAUGACGACUCCUCACGUGAAGAAAUGGUAAGAUCCUCCGAGAGUACUACUACUGCUCUCCGUAGCUUACUCUUUCUGAUGUCUUCAGAGAAAACGAUGCUAUCUUAUGAUAUUUUAUCUCGAUCCUUCAAAGCAUAUCUCGAAUGAUUCACUAGGUAGACUUGGUGAGGGAAGGCAUUAUGUUCUUCUGUUCCAAGAACAAGUGCAUAACUGGCACCGCCUGCAAAAUCCUGCUACUCGGAUUUUCAAGUUGUAUCUCAGAUACCCAUCUUUUUCUAUGGGCAGGUUGGAUAAACAUGGCAUGAAUGAAUCCAAAGCCUACGAGUACUUCGUCUUGAGAGCCCAGAAUAUCGCACUGUCCCAUGGUUAUGAGAUCGUCAACUGGUGAUAGUCCUACACCUCUGGCUUCAUUGUUCCUUCUGCUUCUCUUACACCUCCUCUUGCUUUCUCUUUCUCGUUGGUCAGGGAAGAAACCUUCAACAAUUUCGGCAACAUGUUGAGCCCAAAAACCGUCGUACACAACUGGUACUCCCCCUUCUCUUACAAUCUCGUCUGUUCCUUCUCAAGAACUUCAUUCACUGCCAGAAAAUACAGGUACCAUGCAGUAUGCUAUAUGCUUUAAAUGGGGCAUCUAUAUAGCCCAUAAUUAGUAAAUAUCUGGGCGAUGGAGGGGGAACAGGAGACUUAAACCUCUCAAAAUAGAAACAAUCGCUUGGGUUUGUACUCGAAUGGGUACUUUCACUUCUGCGCAUAGCUGGACAGUAAGAACGCGUGAUGGGCAGCAGUCAACUGUUUCUGCUGAAAGGGUUUCUUCGAAUUGCUAGGCUGGACGUCGGCGUGGCUCCAAGAGUGGUCGCUGCCGGGCUGAGGUGCAUCGUCAGCGAUCAGAACAACUGGUACUUGGACCACUUGUCUACCACGUGGCAGCAGUUCUACAUGAACGAGCCUCUCACAAACAUCACCAACCACGAACAUCAGAAACUGGUCAUUGGUGGCGAAGUGUGCAUGUGGGGGGAGACCGUUGACGGAUCAGACAUUGAGCAAACCAUCUGGCCGCGUGCUGCUGCUGCUGCAGGUACUUCAUUCGAUACACAACAUUUACCCAGCAUGACUGUUGAUCACUCGGGUUCUUUCUUCCUUUUUCUUGGUGUUUUUGGUAUAAAAUUUGGUUGAAAGAAUUGCUGGCCCUCAAGAACCCAUCCUUUAAUCUCGGAGAUCCCUUCCUGCUGUGAUGACUUUGUGAAAUAAUGUUACUUCCGUUGACUAAAUAUCAUGCUGACCAUAAAUCACUCGGUUCUUUCUUUCUUUUUUCGUCGGACUUUUCGGUAUUAAAUUUGGUCAGAACAAUCGCAGGUCCUUAAGAUUCAAUCUUAAUCUUGCAAGCUUCCUUCCUGCUGUAGUGUUUAUUUUUUAGAAUAAUCUCCCAUGAAAUUAUAGAAAAACCCAUUUGAUCUUGUUUGAGACUGAUUGUAUCACACGUGCCGAGGACCUGGAAGUCAAACUCUUUCAUGAACACGUCUGUUACAACAAAAUGGUGUUUAGUGAGAGAAGUCCAAUCUUGCGGUCAAAUGCGGAUCCAUUCUCUGCUGCUCAUCGCUGAUUGAUUUUUGAGUUGGAUUGACCCCAUUUUUCUCACGGCGUGACUUUGGCUUCUUCCCUUCCUGAAGAGCGGCUGUGGACCCCAUUUGACAAGCUGGCAAGGGAACCACGGCAAGUAACGAGCCGCCUAGCCCACUUCCGGUGCUUGCUGAACCAGAGGGGAGUCGCAGCCGGACCCAUCACCGGCGGCGGCCGGGCCGCCCCCGAAGAACCGGGGUCCUGCUACAAGCAGUGA